UCUGAUGCGCAAGCUACUAGCUCAGUUCCUCCCUGGACCAAGUGUGGAACACACUACAGUCUUGUUGGAUCUAGGGGAUCCAGUAACGUAACUGACCAGGUCGCUGACGGAUCGUCGUAGCCUUUACACCCAGGAUCGUCUCAGCUAUCGACUGAGUGUGUAGCCAUGUCGGCCUUUGCGAAGCUCAAGGCGUUAGAUUUCUACAGGAAGAUCCCUCGGGAUCUCACGGAGGCUUCGUUUUCCGGCGCGAGUCUCUCCAUUGUAGCCGCGACGACUAUGAUAUUCCUCUUUGUCGCGGAGCUGAACAGCUUUCUCAAAGUUUCCACCACGACGCAAGUCAUCGUCGAUCAGAGCCAGAACGGCGAACUGCUUCGGAUAAACUUCAAUUUCAGUUUCCCAGCGCUGUCGUGCGAGUUCGCGUCAGUCGACGUCACCGAUGUGCUCGGAACUGCGCGGUACAAUCUGAGCAAGACGGUGCGCAAGUUCCCCAUCGACGCGGCUGGCAACUGGGUGGGGCCGGAGCACCACCCGGACCCGCUGCCCAUGCCGGAGAAGCACGGCGAGGACAGCAACGAGACGACGGAGGAGGUGCACCAGAAGAUGGCGGAGGACGGCCACGAAUACGUGGGGUCUCUCGUGCUCAACAAGGACAACUUCGAACACUUUGCUCACGAGUACCAGAUCCUCGUUGUAAACUUCUUCGCCCCCUGGUGUCCCUGGUGCCAGAGACUGGAGCCAGCAUGGGAGAAGGCAGCAACUGUCCUGAACCGCAAGUACCAUCCCGACUACGACGGCCGCAUCCGGUUCGCCAAGAUUGACUGCACCAUCUACCAGGACGUGUGCCGAGACAAUCACAUCCAGGGGUUCCCCUCCAUCCGCAUCUUCCGCAAGGGCAUGGACCUCCGCACGCAUGGCGAGCAUGGGGAGCACGAUCAUGAGUCUUACUAUGGCGAGCGAGAUGCCGAGUCACUUGUUGCGUUCGCAGAGUCGCUCGUCCCGUCGGCCACGGUAGGGCGCCCCACGGCAGCGGAGGACAGCCAUUCGCAUGUCAAGCGCCGCGCUCCUGCCUCUGGCGGCUGCAACAUCGAAGGCUUCGUGCUCGUCAAGAAGGUGCCCGGCAACCUCAUGAUCACCGCGCAUUCCACCGCACACUCCUUUGAUGCGUCCACAAUGAACAUGACGCACACCAUCCACCGCUUCUCCUUUGGCCGCCAGCUCACCCGCCGCAAGCAGGAGCUGGUGGCUCGGCUCCGGCCGUACGUGCCCACGCCCGUGGGGCGGCUGGAGUCCCACUCCUUCCACUCCAACCACGACAAUGUCACUCACGAGCACUUUAUGCAGAUCGUGUUGACGGAGGUGCACCCGUUGGGGGUAUCGCGCAAGGACAGCAGUCUGCACUCGUACGACUACACCGCGCACAGCCACACGCUGCAGUCGCCCAACGUGCCCGUCUCGCGCUUCCACUACGAGCUCUCGCCCAUGCAGGUUCUCAUUGUGGAGACAAGGCGUCCUUUCUUCCACUUCAUCACAAACCUCUGUGCUAUUAUUGGCGGUGUAUUCACGGUUGCUGGCAUCAUUGAUGGAAUGUUCCACAACGCGCUCAGUAUGAUUAAGAAGGUGGAGCUUGGGAAGCAGUUUUAGGUCUGGGUGCCGAGAUUAAACUUGACAAAGCUAAUAUAGUUCACAGGCAUAUACCAUUACAAGGAACGUACGCUUAGCAAGCACUGAUAGCAACGCUUUUAGACAAAAGCUUUGUUCUGACUCGUUGCCUGUAACAAAUUUCAACGAAUCCGACAGUUACUCAGAUUUCGUCAACCUAUCCUGGAC